UCCAAAUGUAUACAAUACCUUUAAAUUAGAGUAGGGUUGGGUCGGCUCCAAAACCCUUAUGCUCAACCCAUGUCCAUCGCUCUUUUCAUUCCUCUUCAAAGAUCGUCGUUUCCUUAGAUCCCAAAUCUUCCCCCCUCUUUGUCGUCUGAACUGAAUUCUUCACUUAUAGUAAUUUCGGUUUAAACCCUAAAUCACACCAACGCCUAAAUCGAUUUCUAAUUAUUUUAAAUAUCUUUUACUACUAAUUGCUACAUUUUUCAUGCUAUUGAAUUGAUUACAUUCUUAGUACUUGAUUAAAUCUCAGAUCACUUGAAGCUGCGACAAUUGCUUAUUUGUAAAGUUUCUAGAACCUCAGAUCUUCUCUAUCCAUGAAUCCGAGAAGGGAUUAUAGAGGGUCUAGAACUUUUGCCUUUGAUGGGAUUGAGGAGGGAGGUAUCAGGGCCUCAUCCUCGUAUUCCUCUCGUGAAAUUGAUGAACAUGAUAAUGAUAGAGCUCUUGAUGGGCUGCAAGACCGAGUCAGCUUUCUGAAAAGAUUGAGUGGUGACAUACAUGGAGAAGUUGAUGCUCAUAACCGGAUGUUGGAUCGAAUGGGUAAUGAAAUGGAUGCAUCACGAGGAUUCAUGUCAGGAACCAUGGAUCGGUUUAAGCAGGCAUUUGAAACGAAAUCAAGCAGACGAAUGUUUACCCUUGUGGCCUCCUUUGUAGUUCUUUUCCUUAUUAUCUACUAUCUUACUCGGUAGAUCUUAUAUGAUACAAUUCCGGGCGCUGACCCAAUGCGGAUUUAUACCUGAAAUUACUUCUUGUGGCUUCAUGUGAAGGAUACUUGAAUAUAUGUAAUUGUUUGAAACUCUUCUUAUGAAGUUGUUUAAACUCUUUCUUGUGAAAUAUACACACUUUAUGAAGUC